GCUAUAAAGAACCCACUGGUUUUAGGGAUUCUGGCAUUCGUUUGCUUACACCAGCCAAGGCGAAACCAUGAUGAAUCGAGUUCUCAUUUUCAGCGUGUUGAUGGCCGCUCUCUGCGCCCUGGCCAGCGCCGGGUGCCCCGAGGGGUACACCCAACGCAACUGGCCCAACCAGCACGGGAACUGCUACAAAGUUUUCAAAAACGCGGCAUGGUGGUUCCAUGCCGACCACUUCUGCAGAGCAGACGGGGGCUGGCUGGCCACCAUCAGUGACGAGGACGACGGUGCGUUUGUCAACAGUUUCUUCAUCUCGAACAGAGGUUACUCGUGUCACGAUUGGUACUGGGUUGGGGGUACUGACGCACUGAAUGAUGGCACGUGGCGAUGGCAACAAGAUGGUAGCGUGGCCACCUACACCAACUGGGGCCCCUAUCAACCCAACAACGAUGGGGACGAAGAUAGUUUGAUCGUGAACAGCGCCACCAGAGAGUGGAACGACGACAAAAUGUACAACUUUGGACUAGGUGCUCCGGCAGUCUGCUUCGUCUGCGAGAUGUACCCGACGGAGAGGCAGUGUAGUAUUGUGGCUUAGAAUUGAGCUGUACACAGAAAUAAUAAUAACAAUAUGAAAUUGGAAUUCGAAAAUAUAAUGAUCAAUAAUAAUUGAUAUC